UUCAAAUCAGACCCCCUCCCCAUGUGAUUUCAAAUUAUGGCCCAAUCCAAAUGUCACCCCUUCCCCUAAAAAAAACCACGAUUCUCUCUCCUCCUUCAACGCUUGAUUUCUCGACAAUCCCUUCCCCUAAAAAAACCACGAUUCUCUCUCCUCCUUCAACGCUUGAUUUCUCGACAAUGAAAUUUCAGUUCAAAGAUUGAGAAAUUUGCGAUUCUUGCACGAAGAUUGAGGAACGAUUUUACAUCUUAAGUAUAUAACAAGAUACAAUAUGUCUCAUGAUCAACAAGUUUCUACUAUUAGAAAGCGAACUAGAGAUGACAAUGAUGAUGAAAUGGAACUUAUUGCAAUAGUUAGUGGCUUUAUUAUGGUAGCAGUGGGUGCAUGGCAUAAUAGGUUUAAGCAUAAGGACAUGCCUUGGAAUGAACAUGAACGUGCAAUGAAAAGAGCGUAUUGGUUGGAUUCCCUCAUGAAUGAUAGAAUUUGUAAGGAGCAGUUGCGUAUGGAUCGGAGUUGUUUUGAUAAGUUAUGUCAUGUUUUAGUGGCUAAAGGAGGUCUAGUUACUACUAGGAAUGUAACAGUCUUAGAAAUUGUUGCUUUCUUUCUACAUACUCUUGCACAUGAUCUUAAGAACAGAACUAUUGGUGCUGUGUUCACUCGUUCGGGAGAAACGGUAAGCCGUCAGUUCCAUACCGUGCUUAAAGCUGUGAUGAAGAUAGGCAAGUUAUAUAUUAAGCAAGUAGAUUCUAGUGUGACAUAUGAUGGAGACAAUAAGUGGAAGUGGUUCGAGGGGCACUUGGGGCACUUGAUGGGACACUUAUUAAGAUGACAGUUCGAGUUGAAGAUCGGCCUAGAUAUAGAGAUAGGAAAGGAGAUAUUACUACUAAUGUACUAGCUACAUGUGAUCCUAGUCUUCGGUUUAAUUAUGUUUUGCCAGGUUGGGAAGGAUCGGCUUCCGAUCCUCGCAUUCUAGGGGAUGCCCUCCGAAGAUCUAAUGGUCUCAAAGUUCCCAAAAAUAAGUAUCUUCUUGUCGAUUUGGGAUAUUCUAAUGCACAAGGGUUCUUGGCUCCAUAUAAAGGCACUCGUUACCAUUUGAACUUGUGGAGAGGAACUACUCCUACAAACUAUAAAGAAUUGUUCAACUUGCGUCAUUCAUCUGCACGUAAUACUAUUGAAAGAGCAUUUGGGUUAUUGAAAAAGAGGUGGGCUAUAUUGAGGAAAAGUAGUUUUUAUGAGAAGCAAACACAAGUAAGAAUCAUAAAUGCAUGUUUUGUUCUCCAUAACUUUGUUAGAGAAGAGAAUAUGGAUGAGGAGAAUUUGUUAUACGAGGUGGAUGAGGAUCUAUCAAAUGUUGAAGCUGUAGAUACCUUGGAGGAUGAAGGGGAGGAUUUCGUAUCAACGACACAAGCCUCACCUCAAUGGAACGAUUUUAGAGAUGAAUUGGCAAAAAAACUGUUUCGGGAGUAUCAAGCUCGAAGGGGAGCUACCUCACAUCCUCUACCUUAGUUAUUCUAGUAAAGUUUUAAUAUUGUAAAAGAAUAUUAUUGGACCUAUAGACUAAAGGGUCAGCUUUUUUUGUUAAAGAGCAACACUUUUUAGUUGAAGCCACAACUAGUUUUUAUGAAUGUUUAUUACUUUCUGUUUCA